UACGCUCAUUUGGAGAGAUAACAAAUAUAAGGGACAGCUUGAUAAUCUCACUAAAUCAAGAAUACUGUGAGCCAGGCCAAGGACUUGAGCUUUCUAACGGAGACGAGAUUGCCAUCAUUCCCCCCAUCAGUGGAGGCUAAUCACUAUGGACUACAUCAAAUUAACUGAAGAGGUGCUGUCUGUGGAGGAGGCCACAUCCCUGGUUACUCAUCCUUCCUGUGGUGCAAUCAGUCUCUUCAUUGGGACCACAAGAGACAAUUUUGAGGGUAAGGACGUUGUUCAACUUGCAUAUGAAGCAUACCAAGAUAUGGCAGAGAAAGAAAUGCGCAAACUCUGUAUCAUAGCCAGAGAAAAAUGGAGUCUGAAACACAUAGCUCUUCACCACAGAUUGGGUCUUGUACCAGUGACAGAAAGUAGUGUAAUUAUAGCUGUUAGUUCUGAACAUCGUCGAGAGUCCUUAGAAGCUGUCACCUUCCUUAUUGAUGGACUAAAAGCUAAGGUUCCAAUCUGGAAAAAGGAAUUAUACAGUGAUGGCACUGGUGAUUGGAAGAGGAACAAGGAGUGUGUAUGGAUGACGGAUGAGAAGACAGAGUCAGCUGUGAACAAAAAGGAAAUCACAAAUAAUAACAAAAGAUCUUUAUCAGAGGAGAGGAAUGUUGAAAUAAGACCACCUGUGAAAAGAAUCAGAGAAGAAAAUGAAUUUCUCAAUGAAUCUAUGAAGGAUAGCAAUACUCUGGAAGAGAAGACUGAUCUGGAUCCAACUUAUGUGCAAAUUAUAUUAUCAAAAGAGGAGAUCAAUCGACGCAUUGCUGCAUUCCAAAAACAUAAGCGGGAAGAACUUGAUGUAUUAAACAUUCAAGAAUUUUGCAGCCUGUCAGGAGGACCAACUUCUCAAAACUCGUGUGCUCGCACCUCUGCUGUUGUUUUAAGAUCAAAAGGGUCAAGAAGUCAUCUGAAAUUAACCCAUGUAGUAAAUGAAUGGGGUCCCCAGACUCUGGGAAUGGAUCCUGGCUCUAUUUCUGCUAACCAAGCAAAGGAAAUAAUCAAGCAAGAUGGAAUUUGCAAUAACAAUGGAAGCAGCAGAGAAGACUCACUAGAGCCAGGUUCAAAUUCCUCUCCAAAAUUUUCAGGAGACAACAAAUGUAAACAAGAUGCUAUCUCGUUUUCAGAAGAGGGGAUGCAGCUUACAGGUAUAGAGGAGCGGCUCCAGAAUCUGGAAAGUCAUCUGAGAAUUGUUCCUGGAUCAGCCAUUCCUCGUGAUAUUUAUGCCAGGCUAAAGGCGGUGGAAGACAGGGUGCUACACUUGGAGGGCAUUUCUCCUGAAUACUUCAGAAAUUAUAAUGUUCUGACAUCAAGGAAAAAUCAAAAUUCAAAGGAAAUUAAAGCAUCUGAAGAUGAUAUCUGCCUUAAUGACUUGGAUGUGAAAAUACAUGAACUAAAGAUGAAACUAAAGCAAAAGCAAAUAAAACAAGAAUUAUAGCACAGUGUAAGUUUGACAUCAGAUCUAAUUAUUUUGAAAAGUUGAAUUUGUAAUUGCUUUAUGCAGAUAUUUUUAAGAUGUCUUAAAAUAGUACUAUAUGAAAAAGU